AUGGCCUUGGAAACCACCCGCCCGCGACUGAGAAAAUCCAAAACACAACUCGAGAUGUCGAUUGCAGAGUUGAAGGCCGAACGACUGCAGCAGCAUAGGCAACAAGGGCUUGAGAAUGAUUUUUAUUGCAAGUGUUUUGAGAGCUUCCACAAACUUGUCAGCACCACAAUGGACGCAACACAGAGUCUGGCUCUGCAGUACCAUUUCAACCCUGCAAAUAGUCCUUCAAGGGAUCCACGAUUGAUUCGAGCUAUCGUUUCCUUGAGAGUGGCUCUUGACAAAUCACAGGCCGAGGAAACAAACGCAGAACGGGAAUGGAAGCGGCAGUGGAAGGACUCUUCUGCUAGGCAGUCGUCACUCCAAUGGCUUUAA